AUGUCCACUUUGUUUCCCUCACUCUUCCUUUGUGGGACUGAGACACUGUGGUUUAAUCUGGAUCCACCUUGUAUGGAAGAGACAGAGCUGCAGCAGCAGGAACAGCAGCAUCAGACCUGGCUCGAAAGCAUCACAGAGAAAGACAACAAUCUGGUUCCUAUUGGCAAGCCAGCCUCAGAGCACUAUGAUGAUGAGGAAGAGGAUGAUGAUGAAGACAAUGAGGAUAGUGAAGAGGACUUAGAGGAUGAUGAGGACAUGCAGGACAUGGACAAGAUGAAUGACUACAAUGGGUCACCUGAUGACGGAGAGGUCAAUGAGGUGGACAUGGAAGGCAACGAACAGGAUGAGGACCAGUGAAUGAUCUAGGUAGACAAGGCAGGGUGCCCUCAGGGAGAUUCCAGGCCAGCCCAACCUACCCUGCAUCCCAACCCCCAACCCUUGCCCACAGAACAAACUGAAGGCCCCAGUGCCUGAAAGUGCCCUUGGGCACCUCCUCAGCUGCUGCCAGGAUCUGGUCUCCUUGGCCUCUCCCAGGCCAUUAGUCUGCACUUGAAAUCCACAGAGCCUGAGCCCACUCCACCUUCCUGGCCAGUACCUCACCCCUUGGUUGCCAGGUCUAGUCUCUUUCUAAGUUUCUUUAAUAAA